GAGAGAAAGAAACUAUGCAAAGAGGGGGGGUGGAAAACAUUUUGAAAGGGAGGAAGAGGUAAGAAAAUGAUCUUUGAUUCAACGACACAUUUUCCCGGGAAGAGACAAGAGUGGAAGCUACAGAGGAAGACGGUGAGAUCAGCACAGUGAUUUUUGGGCCUCAGACACAGUUUGUGUGUUGAUUCACCAGCGGGGCACAGAAUGGCACCAUUCCCGUUCUGCAAAACGCCCACAGGUGCGGCUCCAUCCAGAAGUAGGACCUGCCAGAGUAACAAGAAUAAAACUGUUCCUGUACUUCUUUAUCCUGAUUCUCAUCAUAUAUUAUCUCCAUGGUCGAAAGUCUACUGUCAGGAUGGAACCACUUCAUCCAAUCAUUCAUGGAUAUGAGAGUGGGGAAGGAAUAACAGAUGUUGCAGCUGCUCAGGCUUUUGGACAGAAAUUCCCUCUUGAGACACCAUGGGGUGCUCCUUUAGUGUGGGGUGACACCAGCAACUCAGCUUGGCGUAGAGCUAAAUUUGCACAAGAAGGAAUCCAUACAGGUCUCGUGGUACUUGUCAUUGGAACCUAUGCCCAGUUCCUGAGACGUUUUCUGUCCUCUGCUGAAAUGUACUUUCUUCCUGGUCGAAAGGUCACUUACUACAUUCUCACAGACAAUCCUCAUUCUGUGGAGCCUCACAUUGCAUUGGGGCAUGAACGAAAGCUGAAGGUGGUUCCUGUUGCAGAGUUGCCUGGGUGGGACAGGUUGGCCCACCGCCGCAUGGCUCUGCUCGCCGAUGCCAUCAGAAAUCCUAUCCACAGGGAAGUUGAAUACAUCUUCUGUGCUGAUAUUGAUCAGGAGUUUGUGGCCCCUGUAGGAGAAGAAAUUCUGUGUGAUCUGGUGGCCACACUGCACCCAGAGCUGUAUGGAAUGCCACGGAAGGCAUACCCUUAUGAAAUUGAAGAAGUCUCAUCAGCCUUUGUGGGUGAAGAUGAAGGAGACUACUAUUAUACCUCAGAGUUAUAUGGAGGUUCAGUCACAAAAAUGUACAGCUUGACUCGUGCUUGCUCUUUGCUCAUUCUACAAGACCAAGCCAAUGGGGUAGUAGCCAGGGGCCUCGAAGAGAGCUACCUCAACCAUUACCUGAUCGAUCACAGGCCAACCUGUGUGUUGUCACCAGAGUACAGCUGGUGGGACUCGGCUCUGACUGCUGACGUACCUGUACAGAGGUUAAUCUCAUUGGGGAGGCAAUGUGGGGCCCUGGAUGAGAAGAAACGAGAACAACGCAAGUGUUAAAGAAAGGAAUAAUUCUCUCUAGCAGCACUGUUUCCUACAAGAAGGGCAUUGGCGCCAAUUUAUUUUGAAGAUGGCUUCUGUUUAAACAUUAUGAAUAAGACAAGAAACAGAAGAAAAAGACGUAGAAAAACAUGUUUAUAUUAAAGCAACUGCUCAAAGAAGAAA